ACCAAAACAUGAUCAGGAUCACAAAUAAUGUUUAAGUGGCUAGCUUCACAUUGUUGUAGUUAUUGUUAUUGGAAAAUCGAUCACCUGUGACAUGUGUGUGUGUUUGUGUCUGUUUUAUCUAAAAGUCAACACAGGGAGUCCUUAGCAUUCCCUCUUUCUCUCUCUCGCGCUCAUUUAAAUGAUUAUCCUUUUUUGGGGUAGCGUGUGUUAAGGAGUGAACACCUGUACACCUGUUGUGAUCACAUUUUCCGCUGCUGGUCUUUUCGUUCGAAUAAUAAAUGACCAAAAUAAAAAAGGAAAUUGCCUGUGGGAACAAGUGCCUGAAUAAAUGUAUGAGUAAAGAAGUGGUGUGUGUGCGAGUGUAUUUGUGAAAACAUUGUUUUGCAUAAUACUUAAACAAUUUGUAAAAAUUUCCCACCAAAACGAAAGAAGUAGCAAAUAAAUGAUAAGGAAAUGUUAAAAAACGGGCCAAACACAAAAGAAGUAAAUACAGCAAUAAAGAAAAAAAAACAAGUUUGAAAAAAAAAGAAUUCAACAAUAAUAUGCAAAUAAGUUAUGCUAGUUUCGAAAAAAGAGAGUAAAACAGUGUGAGAGUGUGUGAAAAAAAAUUAUCAAACUAAUUGGAAUCUCCAACUUGGAUACAAACUGAACUGAAUAAAUUAGGAUAAUUACAAUUAACAGUGUUUAAAAUUACAAAAUGUCGAAAAUCGAAAGAAAUUUAAGACCAUGAUAAGUUUGGAUUCCUUAAGUCUGGCAACUACGAAAAAUCAACCAAAUUCUGUGACAAGAAAAAUUCAAACAAUUGACGAAUUGUUGCCUGAAAAAGUGAUCAUUUGCUUGCCCAAAGCCCUGACAGAAAUGACAACAAAUAAAUGUCAUCGACAACAGCAGCAGCAGCAACAACAACAACAGCCUGAAGGCCAACAUCAAAAACAAUGUCAACAACAAAAGCCAUUGGAUUUGUUAAAGACUGAUGAAGUUGUUGUCAUUCGAGGAGAUGUAGAGUCGUCCAUUUCGUUGGUGGCUGAUGGAAAUGAAGACAUGAUUGAAAACCUCAACAGCAAAAGCAACAAUAACAACAAAAGAAUACCAACAACAAUUGUCGACAACAACACCACUACCACCACCGCAGCCACAACAAUCAACAAAGGCCAUACAAUGGCAAAGCAACAAGAACAACAACGGCAACAGCCUGAACCUGAACUGUCGUCUUUCGAGUGUUGCAAGACUGCAAUGGCAAAGUGCAAUUGUGGCAAAGGCGGCAACAACAAUAACAACAACACCAGCUACACAACCACCGCCAGCACCAACACCAUCACCGACAUCAACAUCUGCAAUUGUAUUUCUGUGGAAAACAAUGGCAACAUCAAUACAGCCGCAUUAAAUUCGGUUAACAACUGCGUCAACAACAGCAAUAGUAGCAACAACAACAACAAUGGAAGUGGCAACAACUACGGCGGCGAUAACAAUGGUAAACAGGAACAGCAACAAUUAAACUUGGCCCGAACAAAUAAACCAAAUAAUGUUGGCUUUAAUGGAAACGUGGCCGGGGCAAUACCACCCUCUUCUCCACCACCCCCUCCUCCCGCGCCACCAAUGCCAUCGGCAGCAGCAAAAACAAUUGCUGAGGCCACAACAACAACAAAAGUAUCUCAUGACACCACUAACAAAAGUCACCACCACCAACAUUCACAAAGUUGGUCUAAUGCUGGCAUGGGCACUGAUAGCGGAAUUCUCGUUGGCGGUGGUGACAGAGUGACUGAUAGUGAAGCUAUGCCCCCAGAGCAAGCAUUAAAACCAUCCACAGUGGUGGCAGCUUUAAAAUCAAUUGGACAUAACUAUGGAGACGGCAAAGACAACCAGCCAACAAAUACCGAAAGGGCCAGUCAUAGCAAUGCUGAUGUUUGGGAUUCCAAUAGUUUUGCUGGUGGCCAUGUGGAUGAUAACUGUCGACGUGGUGAUGUUGCCGGUGGUGGUGGUGGUUGUAGUUAUCGUUGUCACCCAACAAAUGCCAGCAAUGAAAACAAUAAACACUCCACUAUUCAAUGGAACAAAAACAACAACAACAACGCCAACGAACAAAGUAGCAGUGCAACGGUUCAGUGCGUUUUGUCAACACGCGACGUUGUGCCAACUGGAAAUAUUUCUACAAAGCCCAAAGAGAACAUUGACGCUAACGCAUUAGCCGGCGUUGACGUUACAAAUGUCUCCACCAGUGCUGCUGCCACUGCAGUUCUCACCCCAUCACCGGAACCUCCACCACCACCAUCGACUACAGUUAUUCCAACAUCAUUUGUCAUGGCUGAAUUGUGGCCAUCAUCCGUUCUGCCAUGGAACGGCGCAUACGACAACGACAAUGCAUUCCCAGCCAUCGACACUGAAGAUCCAUUCUUUGGAAAUGCACUGGAAAAUACACCAUUGAUGAGGGAGACUUUUAAUGGACCCUCUUCCUCAGAUGAUUCCGUUGAUUUAAUGUCUUUCACAGAGAUUACAAAUGAGCCGAGGGCCAUGCCCUUAAUGGAUUCUUGCCGUUGGGAGAACAAAGGUAAGAAAUGA